AAGAGGAGGAGCCACAGCCGCCCCCGGGACCUCGCUGCUCAGCCCCGGGCCGAGCGCCUGAAACCGCUCCGCUCCGCCGCUCCACGUCUCCACCCAGCCCGAGGCCGUCGCUCCUUCCUCGCGCAGCCAUGGCCUCAGGUGCCACUCCCGCGGCCGUGAAGAUUGGAAUAAUUGGUGGGACAGGCCUGGAUGAUCCAGAAAUCUUAGAAGGAAGAACCGAAAAAUAUGUGGACACUCCAUUUGGCAAGCCUUCUGAUGCCUUAAUUUUGGGGAAGAUAAAGAAUGUUGAUUGCGUCCUCCUUGCAAGGCAUGGGAGGCAGCAUACCAUCAUGCCUUCGAAAGUCAACUAUCAGGCGAACAUCUGGGCUCUGAAGGAGGAGGGCUGUACACAUGUCAUAGUGACCACAGCUUGCGGUUCCUUGAAGGAAGAGAUUCAGCCUGGUGAUAUCGUCAUUAUUGAUCAGUUCAUUGACAGGACUACCAGAAGGCUUCAGACCUUCUAUGACGGAAGUCAUUCCUGUGCCAGAGGAGUGUGUCAUAUUCCAAUGGCUGAGCCGUUCUGCCCUAAAACAAGAGAGGUCCUCAUAGAGACCGCUAAGAAGCUAGGACUCCGGUGCCACUCAAAAGGGACAGUGAUCACAAUUGAGGGACCUCGUUUUAGCUCCCGGGCAGAAAGCGUCACGUUCCAAACCUGGGGGGCGGAUGUUAUCAACAUGACCACAGUUCCAGAGGUGAUUCUUGCUAAGGAGGCUGGAAUUUGCUACGCAAGUAUCGCCAUGGCAACAGAUUAUGAUUGCUGGAAGGAGCAUGAGGAAGUGGUUUCUGUGGACCGGGUCUUAAAGACCCUGAAAGAAAAUGCCAAUAAAGCCAAAAGUUUACUUCUCACUACUAUACCUCAGAUAGGAUCCAUGGAAUGGUCAGAAACCCUCCAUAACAUUAGAAAAAUGGCCCAGUCUUCUGUUAUGUUACCAAGACAUUAAAAUAGCAUGGCUGCUCAGAAGACAAGGUAACCUUCUAAUUCCAAUCAUUUGGGGAAUUCCUGCUUGAGAAAACACAGAAGAGACAUGCAGCUUCUGUGUCCUUGCCCCCUAAGGAAGAACAAGUGAUAAGACAUUGCUCACAUCAGAGAUGCCUUCUAAAAGACUUGGACUGCUUCAAAUAACAGAAGGAAAGCAAAUAACCAGUAAACAUGUGGGGAAAUAUUUACACAUUAGAAAAAAAGAAGACACCUUUCACCAUUCCCCCAAAUUUGUAACAGUAAAGGUAAGCAGUAACACUCCUAUGUUGCCAAGGAAUGUGAAGAAAUAGCUCUUAGACUAUUUACUGAUGUGACUGUAAAUUGGUACAAUCUUUUUGGAGGGUAUUUUGGUAAAAUGUAUCAAAAGGCUUAUAAAAUACCCUUUGUGCUGGUUACUUUACUCCUAGGAAUUUAUCUUUAAGAAAUUAUCAGAGAUACAUACAAAUAAUUAUGUAUAAAGAAGGAUGUAGAACAUAGUUUUAAUAGCAAAUAUUCAAAACAAUCUGAAUAUCCAACAACUGGAGGUAAUCACGGUUAAGCUCUAAUUAGAUUGUGAAGCAGCCAACUGAACAUCAUGGUUUCACAUAAUAUUUAAUGUACUAAGGAAACUUGCUGUAUAAUAUGAAAUGGGGAUAUGUAAGCAUUUUACAGUACUAAUUUUGUUUUAAAUAUGUACAAUGAAUAGAAAGAAAUAUAUAUACUCUUUUGUUAUUGUAUUUGGGGGGAGGGACACUGGAUAAAUUUUUAAUUUUCUUUAUAUUUUUCCUUAUCUUCACAUUUUUCUACAAUGAAUAUAAUCAAAUAAUGAAGUUUUAAAAAUAAAAAUGGGCUUAGAAAGAUCCAGUUCUUGAAAACACACUGUUUCUGGUAAUGCAGCAAAAGUUAAAAUGGCAAUACUAAGAGGAGUUCUGUUUGAGUUCAAUCUUUAUUUUUGUUAAAAAAGAUAAUUAAUGACUAUAGUCAGAACAAUACUUGGGUUUGCAACAAUGUGAGAAAAGCUGGGUGUUUAAUAUGGAGCUAAUCUUAAAUUAUUUAAGAGACUGUAUACGCACAUUAUAGUGUGUCAGAUAUUCUUUAAAUUGACAUUUGACUUUUUGUUUCUACUCCUUUUUAUGAUCUGAUGAAUUAUUUUACAUGAGUUGGUGAUUUUUGUUUUUUAAUAAAGAAAAUGGAAGCUUG